UUGACCCCAAAUGAAGCCUGGAACUGAAAAUUUUGAGGCUUUUUUUUUUCCCCCUUAUGCAGCUUCUUAGCGGUUGGCACCAAAAAUAUUUGUCAACUCUGGCAGCCUUGGAAUUGCCAAAAAUCUCAUAAAUAUGAAAGCCGGCAAAUGCCUUGGAGAUUAUCUUUGUAUUAAUUGAUGUUAUAAAGAAAUUUUAGAAAACCCAGAUCGUAUCUUAGAUCAGAAAUUCAAGGUUUUGGGAUUUGGUAGUGGUUUGAUUAUGGGUUGGAGGUACAAGGCAGGUCUGGGGUUGAUUGGUACUUUCGUCUUCUUAUGGGUCUCCCACGCUGAGGUUACUCAGAGAAUUUUCGAAGAGUAUAAACAACCAUUUGCGCUAACUUAUCUGGGAGUGUCUCUAAUGGCUAUAUUAUUACCCAUCGCCGCUUUUAAAGACUGGAUCUGCAGCUUACUGAACCCAAGAUUACUUAGUAACUUUUACAAUGACACUAGUGAUAUGAGUGCUUUGAUAGGGGUUGAUAUUCCCCUUAGGACUAAUGGAGUUUAUCAGAGUCCAGAAAGUGAUAUGAGAAUGCGUCUACUUACUGGAAAAGAUCUUACUGACGAGGAAGAAGGGAGACUUUUAGAUGCAACGAAUGAAGAAGAUAAGCCUCACUUGCUCAAACAAUCUUCUGAGUACAGUUCAUGGGAAAUUGCAAAGUACUGCCUAUAUCUAGCCCCAAUAUGGUUCUUCACAGAGUAUUUCUCAAACUCCGCAUUGGCAAAUACUAGCGUUGCAAGUACCACUGUCCUAACGUCUACAUCAGGGUUAUUUACACUCUUUUUCGGAGCUUUUAUUGGUCAGGACUCCAUAAGUAUACCAAAGGUGGUUGCUGUUUUUAUCAGCAUGGCCGGUGUUGCCAUGACCACUGUUGGAAAAACCUGGGCACCUGAUGAACUUUUAAGUGUUGCAGAGACUAGAAAGCAUUCUAUAACAGGAGAUAUAUUUGGUCUUCUCUCAGCAAUAUUAUAUGGCUUAUUUACAGUGCUGCUUAAGAAAUUCGCUGGAUCUGAAGGAGAUAAGGGUGAUGUGCAAAAAUUCUUUGGAUAUAUUGGCCUCUUCACUUUUCUUGGUCUUUGGUGGCUUGUGUGGCCGCUGAAUGCCCUUGGGAUUGAGCCUCCUUUUAGCUUUCCGCAUUCAGAAUCAAUGGGGGAAGUUGUGCUAUUGAAUGGCUUUGUGGGAAGUGUCCUUUCUGAUUACUUUUGGGCUCUUUCUGUGGUAUGGACGUCUCCUUUAGUUGCAACAUUGGGCAUGUCCUUGACAAUUCCCCUUGCAAUGGUGGCGGACAUGGUAAUACAUGGCCGUCAUUUUUCCGCUAUCUACAUCGCUGGCUGCGUCCAGGUUUUCGCGGGUUUUGUGGUGGCAAAUCUCUCCGACAAGUUUUUUCACCAGGCAGAAUUGUAACAGUUAUUCAUGAACUUCUGGGCAGCAGAAGUUUAGACGUAGGACUCAGAUGUACACAUGAAACAUUUGGGAGCAUCAGUGCUCUCUUUUCUCAUGUACUGAUUAUCUCAUGGCAUACAACUAUGCGGAUACAACCUCCAUUAAAAAACAACAUUGUAAAGCAUUAUGCUAAACCGGUGCCAUUAGGACUGUUCAUCAAACCUGCCAACCCGCUCAAACCAGUUGUACCAUUUCUGUUCCGUUAGUUAAAACGGAUCCACGUUACCAUCCGCUUUGUUGGAUGGGUAGUCUAUCUAGGGUGUCCACAGAAUCCGUCAGUCCGAUUGAUCUAUGAAAUCCAAUGCAAUCUAAAGUUUUGGGUUAUAUUGAAAAAAGUUUUGGAUUAGACAUGGAUUGAGAUUUUCCUAAUAUGAAAGUUUUGAAUCGGAUUGUGGAUUGAGCACUUUUCAAUCUGGGAAUCCAAAACCAUAUAUGUAUAAUUUAUAUGUUUAUAUGUAUAUCAUAUUUUUCAGUUAAGUUUUUUAAUUUUAUUUUUAAAAACUCUGUAUCUGUAACACAUAUAUAAGUUUAAUGGUCCAUAUUCCUAA